UGGACAGAGAGUGUAGUCGGUAAAGGUUCAUACAAGGGUGCAGGUGACACACGGAUUCAUGACGCUAUAACUACACAUGUACGGAGAGGUAGAUGUACCUGUGUGUGUGCUUUAUGGUCAAGCUUCAUCAUUUUACAGAUGUGAGCCUGAUGUUGGAGCUUCAAUCCGGUAACAGAGGCAGACUGACCAGCAAUAAGGAAGACAAGAUGAUUACAAAUAGAAUUUCGUCCUCUUUAUAUCGUGAACUGGAAUCUGUUGGAGUCAGUAGAAGAGCAGACGGACCCGGCAGUAUUAAAUCAGCAUAAUAUAGGAAGUCCUGAUCCUCGACAGAAACAACACUAUUAGGAUUACGAGUCAAUUGGGAAUCUAAAUUUAAAGGAAUUUUAUUAUCAUCUGAUAUGAUGGCUAGGUGGUGUAACAACCAGAUAUAUGCGAUUUCCUUUAUGGGUACCUGGCCGAAGCGACUUCUUUCAGGCGUCCCCUUAGUGAUAGUGGCGUUUCUUGUAGGACUGUGCUUCUACCUUCAUGUCAGAGAGGAGGAUAUUUACUCCAGGGGAGGAGACAACCGUAAUGUUGAGUCAUGGAUACACAGUUCGCCUCCAAGUAGGUCGUUCUUCGCGCUACAUGUUGAUAUUCUCAGUAUUGUCAACAGGCAGCUGCUGAAUUUGACAACAGAUAUAGGAGAAAUUAAUCCACACCCUUUCCGGUAUAUAAAUAAUCCUGGUCAUUGUCAGUUCAACAGCAAUGGUUUGCGGACAGUGUUAGUUCUCGUGAAAUCUACAGUACGUAAUGUCUUACUACGGCAAGCUAUACGGACAACUUGGGGCAAUAUUAGUGAAGAGAAUGUCAAAAUAGUGUUCAUGUUAGGACGUAACCUCUCGAAUGACCUACAGAGAACAAUUGACCAGGAGGCUGCGAGGUAUAAAGAUUUAGUCCAGGAAGACUUUAUUGAUGCUUAUUUCAACAACACACUCAAGUCCAUAAUGUCAUUUAACUGGGCAACUCAAUACUGUGGAAACGCGCAAUUUCUCUUGUUUGUAGACGAUGACUUUGUGAUCGAUUUACCCAAAAUUCAGAGAUAUAUUUACUCUAUUCCAGAGACUGAUGUUGAGACACUUUUCAUAGGACAUCGAAUAACUCAACCGGUGGUGAGAGACCAAAACUCCAAGUGGGGUUUGUCAUCGAAGGUAUAUCCAUACAAGUAUUGGCCUCCAUAUUUAGCAGGCGGAGCGUUUCUCGCAAGUAUGCAGGUCGCCAGAAAAUUUAGUUUUGCUUUUCCGUAUAUACAAAGUUUAGGUAUAGAUGACGCUUGGCUAGGUAUUGUCGCUAGGAAUGUAAGAGUACACCCACAAGAUCAUCAUUUCUUUCAUAAUAACGGGAGGCACUCUCACCUCGCGCUAGUAUACCAGUGUUGUCACACACAGAAGGAAAUGUUAAACAUCUGGUGGCAACAUACACAUAAUACAAGCUUUCGAUUCGGGAAACUAUAGACUGACCUCUGAACGUAUGUCCAGUAGAUUAGUUGUAGGUCACCAUUGUUUGUGUAAUGACGAAAUCCAUGCGACUAUCCUGUACCUCUUUUGUAUUUUGCGAUAUGUGUAUUGUCACAUACAUUCCCUGGCUUGAAGUACUUGAUGUGAAUUAACGAUUUUUCAAGAGAUAUUUUUUCGAGUACAAAUUUGUGACGUACUGGCGGUUGUUGUAAAUAACUGAUGUUUCACAAGAGAUAUAUUUUCGAAUUAAAUCUGUGACGUACUGGCGCUUGUUGCAAAAUACUCAUAUGUCACUCGAGAUAUAUUGGUACGUUAAAUAUCUGUGACGUAAUGGAUCUUGUUGUAAAAUACAAAUAUUUCACGAAAGAUAUAUUUUGGAGUUAAAUAUGUGACGUACUGGCGAUUGUUGUAAAUGACUGAUAUUUUACCAUCGGUAUAUCAUUACGCUUCUUAUCAGAAAUCAGUCAGAUAAAACAAAUUCUAACCUCUAAUCAAGUUCACGGGGGUCAAACUUUGAAGGAAACGCACAAACAACUUCUUACGAACAACUGGAGGGGCAUAAAGUCAUGAUGUUCGGACAGUUUCUUGCUGGCAUGUUGCUAAAAAAUAACUUUCUUUACAUUCCUUGUUAUACGGGUCGAUGAUGUAAAUGCAUAAAAAGUUUUAGAGAAAUCCUUCUGAAAAACGAAAAGGAUAAUGGUUAUGAUAUUUUGUCUUGUAGGAUACUUUGGCGAAGUACUGUCAAGUUUGUUCCAAUAUUUGACCAUAACCAUCUUUGACCGUUUCAAGGGUUAAUUCAGUAAAAAUAUUACAGUAUACAAGUAGAAACAACGGGUGAAGAGUAAUACUAUUUGGCAUUUAAACGUAGCAUGUUAGCUAUCGAGUUUAUUUUAAUAUCAACAGCUUUAUCUUCUUUUUUUUUUUUUUAUCUUCGACACACAUCGAAGGUCACAGAUUUAUAUAUAUUGAUACGGUUUUUGAACAGCCUUGAGCCAAACAGGACAAUUAUGCCUCUUGUUGGAAGAAAGGAAUUGAAUCAAGAUUAACAUGAGCAAGUUUAUAAGAAAAAUAUUGGGUUGUGAGAGAUUUGUAAGUAAUAAUGUAAGCUUAAAAAUUUGUAGACUCAGGUUAUUGAUAGCAUCUUAAGUGUCGGCUAUAACGUUUUGUCAAAGAUCUGGAAAUAAUGAAAUCAUAUCGGGUUACUCGCCAGUGUUAUUACUAUUAUGCUUAAUGUUAAUACUUUUUAAAAGGUCAUUUAAUAUGUUUGAGGUCAGAUAUACACCAUGUCAACGUACCCCGUUUUAAUUAUUGAUUUGACCUGAUAUUGCCCAUGGAACUGCAAAACUCGUUUAUUGUUUCAUGAAAAUUCGAGUAUCAGUGGUUUUAUGGUACUUAUUGUUUAAAGCAAUUAAACUCAAAAAAGAAAGAGGGACGUAAGCUGCCUUAAAAUUACUCUAAGUUUUACCUUUUUGUAAAGAAAGUUCCAAAUACAUAUAUGAAACCUAUUGGUUGAAAUGAGAUAAUUAAUUAGUGAUAUGUUUUCAGUUUCAUAAAAUACAUUAAUAAGACUUCUAAAGGUAUAAAGGAAUUAUUUGAUAAUGCAUUUAUUCAAGGAUACCUGUCCGGCUGCACUGUGAUUUUUCCUAUAUAGAGUAACCUCCCCUUAAUAUCAUUUUGGAAGUUACUGUAGCACAGUUGGUCCAGUAUUCUGUCGUUGACUGGGUAGCUCAGUCAAUAACAUCGACAGCUCAGGUCUAUGGUUCGAAUCCUGCCACUCUGUAUAUGCAUUAAAUAGGUGCCCCUCUGUACAUGUAUUGACAAGGUGCCCCUCUGUAUAUGUAUUGACAAGGUGCCCCUCUGUACAUGUAUUGACAAGGUGCCCCUUUGUACAUGU